UGUGAUGAAAGGACAGCUCUUUUUACAAAAUAUUUGAACGUCAAGGUUUUUAUUUUUAUCCGUGGUGCUGAAAGGACACCUCCCGGUUGUAGAAGGACGCCUUUCAGAGCACCAGGUUGUUCAGAAACCACAGAAACACCCACUGCGCUGAAAUAAACUGUGUAAAUGGAAUAAAGCUUGAAGGUUGUUGAGGCCGUCAGCCUGACCGGCUCCACCUGGCUUUAAUGGCUGUGGCACGCAAAAUCAAAACUCUGCUGACGGUCAACAUCCUGGUCUUUGUGGGGAUCAUCCUGUUCUCGGUGUACUGUCGGAUUCAGGACCGCUCCGAGGAGCUGGUGCAGAUCGGCAGGGCGUCGGAUCAGAGGCUGAGGAGCAGGAAUGGUAAAGUGACCGGCUUGGACAGGCAGUCCAUUCUGCAGAGGCUGGAGCGCCUGGAGGAUGUGGUCUACAACCAGCUGAACGGUCUGGCUAAGCCGAUGGGUCUGGUGGAGGGUCCGGGUGGGCUCGGUCAGGGCGGAGCAGCUGCCACUCUGGGGGAGGACAGUCGGGAGGCCGAGGGGAAAUACGAGGAAUACGGCUACAACGCCCAGCUCAGUGACCGCAUCUCACUGGACAGGAACAUUCCGGACUACAGGCCCAAAAAAUGUAGGCAGAUGUCGUAUCCUGACGACUUGCCCCAGAUUUCUGUGGUUUUCAUCUUUGUGAACGAAGCCCUGUCCGUCAUCCUGCGCUCCGUCCACAGCGUGGUCAACCACACCCCCGCCCACCUGCUCAAGGAGAUCAUACUGGUGGACGACAACAGCGACAGCGUGGAGCUGAAGUUUAAUCUGGAUCAGUAUGUGAAUAAGCGCUAUCCCGGCCUGGUGAAGAUCGUUAGGAACGCCAAGCGAGAGGGGCUGAUCCGGGCCAGGAUUCACGGCUGGAACGCUGCUACGGCGCCGGUGGUGGGCUUCUUCGACGCCCAUGUGGAGUUCAACACAGCCUGGGCUGAGCCGAUCCUGGCGAGAGUUAAAGAAGAUCAUACGAGGAUAAUCCUCCCAGCCAUAGAUAACAUCAAAUACAACACCUUCGAGGUGCAGCAGUACGCUAACGCUGCUCACGGCUACAACUGGGGGCUCUGGUGCAUGUACAUCAUCCCCCCUCAGGACUGGCUGGACAAAGGCGACGAGACCGCCCCCAUCAGGACUCCUGCCAUGAUCGGCUGCUCGUUUGUGGUGGACCGUGAGUACUUUGGAGAAAUUGGACUUCUCGAUCCGGGCAUGGAGGUUUAUGGAGGGGAAAAUAUUGAACUUGGAAUGAGGGUGUGGCAGUGUGGGGGCAGUAUGGAGGUGCUGCCGUGCGCUCGAGUCGCCCACAUCGAGCGCACAAAGAAGCCGUACAACAACGACAUCGACUACUACGCCAAACGCAAUGCGCUGAGGGCCGCAGAGGUGUGGAUGGACGAGUUCAAAUCGCACGUCUACAUGGCCUGGAACAUCCCCAUGAACAAUCCGGGUGUGGACUUUGGGGACGUAUCUGAGCGGGUCGCUCUCAGGAACAGGCUGAAGUGUAAAAGUUUCCGCUGGUACCUGGAGCACGUCUACCCGGAGAUGAGGAUCUACAACGACACCAUCACCUACGGAGAGGUGCGGAACAGUAAAGCCAGCGGAUACUGUCUGGAUCAGGGAUCAGAAGAUGAUAACAGAGCAAUACUGUAUCCCUGCCACGGCAUGUCGUCUCAGUUAGCCAGGUAUUCCACUGAGGGUCUCCUGCAGCUAGGACCCCUGGGGUCCACCACGUUUCUGCCUGAUACUAAAUGCCUGGUGGACGACGGCAGGGGCCGAACUCCGAGCCUGAAGAAGUGCGACGCCGUGUCGCGGUCGUCCCAGAGGCUCUGGGAUUUCACUCAGAACGGCCCCAUCAUAAGCCGAGACACGGGUCGCUGUCUGGAGGUGGAAAUGUCCAAAGAUGCGAAUUUCGGGCUGCGGCUGGUGGUUCAGCGCUGCUCUGGGCAGAAGUGGAUGAUUCGGAACUGGAUCAAACACCCCAAACACUGAGGAACAGAGACAGGACCAACACUGGGGGGAAGGCAGAGAGCAGCUUUGUGUGUGAGCAGGACUGACGGCUCAGCGCUGCUCUGGAGGGAGCGGGCAGGACUCGGAGGAUGACGCUGUGCAGUUUCAGAGCGGACGGCGGGGUCGUCCUCCGGGCCGAGGCGCUUUUAAAGUGGAGAUGAAACGUCCGGCCCGAAAGAGGAGCGUCCGCACUGCAGAGCAGAGAAAUCUGCACAGUGCGGAACAUUCAGCCUUUCCAAAGUGCUCAGCAGAUCCACCGACUCCACAGACUCAGUGGAACGCCCCAGAGUUAAGAGACAGACUGCUGUUAGAACCUUCUACACCAGAAAAGACGCAUAUUUUAAAUUACGCUGCGAAGGAGCAGAGAUUGAGGGACCGACACUGAAAUAUGUGACUCGCUGAAUUUACUGGAUUCAUCA